UGCGCGUUCCAACAUUGUGACAAAAAAAAACGUCACAAGGAUAAUGUUAUUUAAUGUUUUCUUAAUUUUUAUUAAUACGUAUCGCAAUUAAGUCAUGGUAGUUAUUGGAAUCAAUGGUUUUGGAAGAAUUGGGAGGAUGUGUCUUCGCGUUUGUCUCGAAAGACACAUUGAGGUGAAAUUAAUUAACGAUCCGUUUCUAACUACCGAAUAUAUGCUGUACCUUUUCAAACACGACUCUACUCACGGACUACAUCCUUUGCACUUCGACUGCAAUAACGAAUAUAUUAUCAGCGGUGAGACAAAAAUUGCCACAUCGCAAGAGAAACAACCUUGGAAAAUACGAUGGAAGGAAAUGGGAGUGACAUACGUUAUAGAAGCUAGUGGAGCGUUUACAACCGUAGAGAAAGCAAGCCUGCACAUCGAUGGCGGCGCGAAAAAAGUCGUUAUCACCGCGCCGUCGAUCGACGCACCGAUGCUCGUGUUCGGAACCAAUCACACGUGUUACAAUUCGAAGAAGGACGUGGUCGUGUCCGCCACGUCCUGCACCACCAACUGCGCGGCUCCGAUCGUUAAAAUCAUGCACGACAAUUUCGAGGUUCUCGAGGCAAUGAUAACCAGCAUACACGCGAUGACGGCCUCUCAAAAUACUUUGGACGGUCCGGUGGAAAAGCUACGGCCUACCACGCUGUGGAGAGACGGUAGAGGCGCUCUCCAGAAUAUCAUACCGACCGCAACCGGCGCUGCCAAGUCAUUAGCCAAGAUUAUCCCCGAGCUCAAGGGCAAGAUCUCAGCCAUAGCGUUUAGGGUGCCGAUCCCUAACGUUUCAUUAUGCGACAUGACGUUCAGAGUCAAUAAACCGACGACGUACGACGAGGUGAAAGAGGCGAUGAAGGAAGCGUCUGAGGGACAACUGAAAGACGUGCUGGGAUACACGGAGGACGAUUGCGUGUCGUCGGAUUUCAAUCACACUACCUAUUCUUGCGUGUUCGACGCUAAAGCGGGCAUUCCCCAGACCAGCACUUUCAUCAAGAUCGUCGCUUGGUAUGACAACGAAUACGGUUACGCUUACCGUGUAGUUGAUCUGAUUCUAUACAUGCACAAAGCUGAUACCGGUCAACUUACUGCGAGCUCCGGACAAAUUCUCUUUCACGAUGACAACUAGCGAUCGCGAAAGAUUGAAAUACUCAAAAACUGUGUAUUGAAAGUAUCUCACGCUCAAUUGUGAUAAUGAGAAAUAAGUAUGAAAUGCAAACAAUAAACGAAUCCGCUAAAUA